CUCGAACGAAAAGACUGUAUGUACAAGUCGAAUAGUGUGGCAGGAUAUACCAGCAGGACACUUUCAGUUGUCGGUUGACGUCGUUACGGUUCACAACGAUUAAAGAAUAACGACUUUUAUUAAGAUCCAGUCGACUUCGAUUGUCGAAGAAUUCACUGAGAAAAAAUCGAGGACAACUCAGAGCAAAAAUGGCAUUGACGUUAGCGCUUCCAUUAUUCGGUUUGGACCCGGAGCAUUUUUCUACACUGAGCACGAAGCUUCUUAAUCUUGAGCGUGAACAGAGGAAUUUGUUCGAUACUGGACGGAAUUCUCCAAGUAGCAGAAGCGAUUCCAGCGGCAUCAGCAGUCUCGCGACGUCCGCCGAAUUGGCGUCAGUAAUAACGCCGAUCUCAUCGAGACCAGAAACACCGAUUAAAUUACCGUACAAGACCCAAGAGAAGAUCAUUCUUCCAAUACCAUCUGUACGCAUAGUAUACGAAGGCCGCGAUAUAUUGAAUUUGGGAGCGAACAUCAGAUCGUCGUCCAAUUGGCAAAUGAGAGAUCGAACGUUUACUCGAAACAACAUUCAAGAUUUUAUAACUAAUCGUUUGAUACAUCAUCGAUUACGUGAGCAGCCGCCUACCAAGGAUUGUAAUCUGCCAAAAUAUUGUCACGAAUGCGAGUUUUACGAGCCACCGUCCAUCUUUUGAUAUCGACUUAACCGUAACGAAACGACGAUUAACGACAGCGACGUCCAGCGUCCGUCAUGGACAACUGAACUGUAAUAGACCGGAUAAGCGGCAGCCGGAUGGAGACGUAUCGUAAAUCGAGGAACGUAUAAAGAUAUAAAUCUAAUAUCUAAGUUAGAAUCAGAAACGUUUAAUUUGCAAUAUGAAACGUGCAUAUUGAAAUAAGUGAAAUAUUCGCAAUCAAUGAUUCAAUUUAUUGAUAAAGUUAUCUAGAGAUAUCUAAAUUAUUUUAAAAAAGGUAUACGUUCCCUUGCCGGAUACGGGCUGCACAGUAAUUAUUAGUUCUCCUAACAUCGUAAAACGUAGUGAAAUAUGAAUUAACAAAUUGUGCAUCGAAAUAACAAUAAUGGGUCAUUUAAUGUCUCUAUGGUGCCUAAAUUUUAGACACUAUAUAUGGUUUUACAAUCUUUUACGAUGCAAAUUUAAAUCUUUCUGCUGAUUGACCUCUUGCGACACACUGUUUUCUAUUUUCAUCUAUAUAGUGCAUAGAUAUCUAACUAUUACUUUGGACAAAUAACGAAUGUCGUGCGUAAGAAUAUCAGCGUCUUACAAAACUCUUAAGUAUAUUUGAAUAUAGAAUAUCGUGUGACUGUCAUCGAACAAUCAAACAAUAUCGAAUUCAAUCUUACACAAGAUAUGACGAUUUGUAAGAUAAAUUAAACUAGAACAUUUAAUUAGAAAAAAAAAUCGCGAGUUUACUCACAGGCAUAAUGUGUAAAAAGUUGCACAUGUCGCCUAAAGAUCUUUCUUUAUACAAAAUUUUAUUCUUAAUUGUAUUCUUUGUACAAAUUUACCAUUUAAAGAUAUAUCUCAUUUCAUUAUCAAGAUUCAAGAUUAUCAUCAUAUUGAUCAUAUAACUUUUCAAUUUUUGCAAUAAUCAUAAAUGUCGUUGAACUUUGCCAGAACAUCGUUAUCGAAUGACUUAUCGAUAGAUGUAUCGUGUUUCAGUAGCAAACCGCCGAAAAUGAGCCCUUACAUUUUCGCGAUAAAUGUAGUACCUGCUCGUGGGAUAUAAAUACGUAUUUCUACGACGGCAUUGCAUAUAUAUAUAUAUAUCUUGACCAUUGUUUAUAAAUGCAUGAUAAACAAUAUUUUAUAUAUCUCAAUGCGAAAUACUUUUACAUUAUACUUUCAUAUUAAGUAAAAUUAUGUUAUAAAACGUUUGCGAGAAAUGUAGAAAACUUAUGCUUUCCUCUUUGAUAAUUUUUAUAAAAAAGAGAGGGGAGCAGCUAUUGUUCCAAGUUAACACUCUGUACAGACAAUUCGACAGUUUUGUCGAAUUUUUUAAGACGCUAAAAAGCUCGGUGAUUAGGUAAAAUAUUUUUAUAUAACUCUUUUAAACAAUCAUACGAAUACUGUCUAGAGAUUAAAGUACGCUCUACAAAGAGUCAUUGAAAGAUUCUUUUUAUACUUGUAAAAGUAACGAAAAGUAACCAAGUGUCGGGAGCCAAAGAAAAAGAAAAAGUGCGGAGAAAAAGUGUCGUAAAACAACGUGUGUACAGAAUGUUAAGAAUAUUGUCGCGGUGCAGCAUUAGCGAAUAUAAUAGUAGCGAUACUUGAGCCAGGCCAAAGAUGAACGCUCGGCGAAUUAGCGCGUAAAUUCGCGCGAAAGGCAUUAGUGCCGUUUCACGAGCCGCACAAGAGGGUUGAUCGCUCGGACCCUCGUGCUUCUGCAUUGUUUCAGCUCAAGCGUAACACCCGGCGUGGCGCUGUGUGGCCGGUUCGAUCCACAAUCCCGCCCGAAACGCUCAUACCCCUAACGAGAGAGAGACCACACUCGCGAGACUCGCGGCCGCACAACACGCGCGUAUUUCUUCGAUUCUCAUCGAUGCGCACGCAUAUACGUGUGAGUGUGUGUGUGUGUGUGUGUGUGUGUAUAUGCAGAAAAAAAUGGACAAAUUAUUUAAAAAAAAAAGAGAGAGAUUGUAAGAAAAUUAUAUAAAAAUAGCAAUCUCUCACAUAUAACAGCAUAUUUUUCCAAGUUUUUCUGCAACGCACGAGAUUAUUUCAUAUACGAGCGUUAUGUGUCCAUUGCUUAUAAUAAUAAUAAAAAAUGAAAUGCUAAUAUUGGGCAUGAAUUAUUUGUCAUUCAUUGAGCGAAAUUAAGAACGACGUUUCCUGCGUUCGCCGAUUUUUCGCCUUUGGGCCUCGAUAUUUACUAAAUCCGCCACUGGUAUGUGCGUUUAUAUCGCUCGCAUGUAUUCCGCGGGGGUGUGCGGGAACCUUUCACUUCGCACGCGUGCGUGUACGCCGGUGCACGCGCGCGCGUGAAAGCGCCCCGUCCAUGCGUGCACGCGCGGAUGCGUGGGUGCGUGCAACGCGCGAGAGAUGCGCAGGACGACUAUUCAGAUAUUGUUGUUAUUGUUGAGGGAACAAUCGCCCGUCAAUAGGCCGCCUCGGCACAAUGUAUCUAUUCAGGUGCGGUCAGCGGUGCUCAAUCGAUCGGGAUCCACCCUUCGCGAGUGUCGAAAAAGCACCGCGGGGACCGGCGAAAGAAAUUGUCGUCAGUCAGCUUCGCGAUGCGCAUCGCGGAAUACGUUUCACUCUUAACUUGAGCCUGUCUAUGCAUGAAGAAAGUACGCGUGUUUAUUUUCUUCGUGCUCGAGCAAACCAAACGAGAGCGAUUCUACAUAUGCGUUUCUAUUUAUAGGAGACACGAUGCCGAAGUAUGUUUAACAUCUUUACCUAUUUAUAAGCGAAAUAAAAUUGUCAAAUUAAUUUCAA